AUGCUUGCUCUUGGUUACCACGAACGGGUCGAGACCAGAUCCAGGAUUCCAAAUUUCCUGGUUGAACUACGGCAGAGUGCAUUCGCACGCAUAUACACGGACGACAAAGAAGUCUCCAUCUUUCUUGGUCGACCACCACGUCUGAGUCGAAGAUUUUGUCAUUUCCGAAUACCAAUUGCCUUGGACUCAUUCGAGAUUAACGCGUCUGCUCCUGGCACUGAAAGUGUUGGACAAGCAAACGAGAUCAAGAUUGAUUACAGAGCAGGAUGUAGUUGGGCGGCUCUAUGUGCGCUACUCAAAGAGGAAAUUUUGGAGCUGUUUAUCGAAAAGAAUCGCGAACACUGCGUUCAACGAGCGAGUGUCAUCUAUGCCAAAGCUGAAGCACAAUGGCAGCAGCUACCCACACACAUGCGCUACGACGUUGGUUGUUUGAAUGACUACAGAAGGAGCCCAUUCGAGCGCGACUUUCUCAUUAGCGCUCGGCUGGACCACAUACACAUCCGCUUCCUAUUGCGAUUUAUCUUGCUGAACAGUUUGGCUCAACCAGACGACGAGAUGAUUCAGAUAGCACAUGAGAUGCUCACUUUAGUAGUUCAAGCCGUUCUAGCUCGCGAUCGCCUUGCGAACUCUGGAAGUGGUCUUGUGUGGAAGGUCAUCCUUUAUGGCCUACCAGCCUCAGGCAUCAUAUUGCUCGCUAUCCUCGAGCAACGCAACCCCUACCACUUCGGCGGCUUGUCGCGCGCCAAAGUCCUGCAGAAUCUAAGAAUCCUCGUGGCCGAGAUACAAAUCGGCGCAUUAUCACAUCCACGUGAGCCGAAUUUUGCUUUGCUCACCAGAGCCGCGCAGACUAUCGAGAACUUCCUCGAUUCGGAGGAGAGACAUGAUCACCAUCCCAAUGGUCAGAUCAACACUCACCAGGAUGCAGCGCCGGGACAGAUGGGACCUUGGGCUUCGAACUUGAAUCUGGAGGCUUGGGACUUUGACCUUGGGUUCUGGGAGAAUCUUGCUGAACAUCCCUUCUUGUCGAAUCUUGAGUUCCCGACAUAG